GUACAAUAUAUAGUAAGUGGCUUGCAGUAGGUGAACAUGUUUGACCUCUCACACAGCAUCGCUACCUGUCCGCACUCAAUGCCUAGCCUUGACAGCCUCACCCAACUCUCAGCCUGCUAGUGGCCUGGUGUUGCCCUUGAAGGGAUUUCGCAGCCCAGAACAGCCUCCGCAGACAUGUGCUGGGAGUGAGAGAGGAUGACCGCUAUGAACAGAAGGCAAGUCAAACCAGAACUGAACCCUGUCUCUUACGUCUCUAUUCAACCAGUCUUAAAUAUCCUUAAGAUCCAAUCGAGACCGCAUCAUGUCACAGGACAACAUAGGCGCGGCAUCUCACAAGAUUGGAAAGUUGACGGAGAAGAAGAAUACUUGGACUUCAAGUCAUGUCGUCCCUCCAACAAACGACGCUCACAUCUCACAGAGGCAAUCCACAUCUCGCCGAGCACAGAGUACAUGACGUAUGUCGAAUACUCGAGCACAGCAUCAAAUGGUGCGCCACUACGAAUCCCGAGACACAGUCAAGUCACACGGCAGCGGGAGGACGAGCAUCCAUCUACGACAGAUAGGCAGCGCCUUCAGGGGGCUUACACCAAAGCUCCAGGGAGUUCAUGGAAGCAACACUUGCUUCAUCCCUUACGGAACUUUCUACCAAGUCUUGGUUAGGGCACGAAGCGGCAUCACCAAUCUUAACUGUGUCGCCCCCUCUUCCUUGCCUCACAGUAAUGAUCAACAAUCCUGUACCUAGCGGGAGGAAUCCUGAAUCAGGCUACAUGGAAUUCC